AUGCCUCCCAAGGCUACGGAGAAGUCCUCGAAAGCAGGGAAGGGCUCCCAAAAAGGAGAGGUGACACAGGCGACCCGAAUGGACUUCGGGCUACCUCCUGCGGUUACAACAUCGCUCCAAUCUAUUUCCUCGAGGGCGACUCAGGACCUUUGGUUGCAGACCAACUUCAACCAGGAGGACGCCACCGCAGAACAGCAGGCCCAACGAAGGGCAAACGCUAUUUCAAAACUAUCAAAGCGCCUUUCUGGCAAUGCUCGUGCCAAGGACGAGUUGAAGACGUCGCUACAGCAAUGGUUGUCGACGAUAGGCCUCCAUCUUCUGGGGCUCAUGGGCAGGGUCCGAGCCAUUGGAGACAAAAUCGACGAAGAUACCAGUGGUGCUGUGCAGGAGAUGCAAGCUGUCUUGGUGGAACAGCAGUCAAGCGCCUCCUCGGACCGGGUUGCUCUGGCACAAGGCUCUCUGGGACGAGUUUGGAGCUUGUCCCAGGAAGCGGAGGUACAGGCUAUCGCCUCGGCUUUGAGGGCUUUCUCCAGUGGUGCACUUGCCGGACCUCCAGAUCUUACUUCGGCUGCAUGGCGCUUGGGAGCAGGCUCUGUGCCGGCCCGAACGCCACCUCCGCUGCCUGCUCACGGGGCAGCAGGCCACAUGGUGGGAGCUGGCGAUAUGGGCUCCGAGGCCAGUUUCGGGCUUCCGGGACGAUCCCAUGUGGUGGGUAUGGACUACGGCCUGGGCGACACCCCUGUAUCUGUGCAGCUUGGCGCUGGCACCGAGCAGGCAUCCGCCUCGGGACAGCCCUCGGUGAGCUCUGGCGGGCGAUGGCGAAAGCGGGAGUCGACGGGACGCACCCCGGAAUCUCUGAGCCGGCCGCCAGUCACGGAGAUCACGGACAACGACACCGAGCUUAUUCCGGACCUGUCACACAUUGGGCCCGUUGCACCGGCAGCACUUCUCCGCUUCGCUGUCGAAAGCGGUGCCGAUCCGGUUGGGGAUCUGACAGCAUGCCCACGACAGGACGCAGCUUUGCCGGUCACCAUGGAUGCUCAGGCCGAACCCUUGGUUCGGCAGCGUGUGGAGCAGACCUGGCAGGCCUUGAAGGAUGGGGUCUCGGACGAGUCCGACGUGGACCUUCCGACGUUGCACAGAUUGCUGGCGGAAGCGUUGCAGCAGCUACGGGGUUGUGCCGGAGCCCUUCCUGCAGCACCUCAAGGACUUGUGGUUGCCGCCCACAUCUCGGUGGGUGGCUUGCUCGAUCCCUUCGCCUAUGCACCAGCAACUGCCCAAGAAUGGCUGUUCCCGGGUCUCUUGACCGAGGCGGGUCUUCCUUGCAAAGGCUUCAUUGCGUCGGAAGCAUCCGCCCACCACCAUGUUCAGACUAUUCUGCGGCAGCCAUGCCCUUUCCUGGAGAGCGGGGGGCAAUUCAAUGCUGUCGCGCUCGGAUCGCCACCGUCGAUCCUUGGCCGUCUUCGUUGGCCAGCCGCCUGGCUCACCGUGCUCGAGCCUUGUCCGCUCCUCUUCAUGGCAGACGAAUGGAUGCAUGGGCCGCUUUUGUGGGGACAGAUUGCCGCGGCCUUGGGUUUCCGCGACGACGUGUUUUCCGUCACCACUCUCCAGAGCCCCCUUCCAGGCCUUCCAGGGGAGCAGCUUCUUAUGACGCCUCGGUCUCUACCGUGGCGAUAUGCAUGGCUUCCGGUUGAUUUGAGGGCUGUAGGAGGUCGCAUCUGUAUGUUGAUGUGUGUGCGGGACUCUUCCUGCCAAGCUAUCGCUCAGCUAGCUAUUACGGCGCAGGAGCUUCAGCUCCGGGUCGAUGGUCUUCUUGGCCGCUGCCAUUGGGGUUGGCUUACCUUGAGCUCGCAACCACUCUUCUUGCAAGGGGUUGAUGCUCUCCAAUUUGCGUCUGGUCCUGGCCCGGAGUCACUGCAAGCUCCUCUCGGAGCCUCUCUGGACCCACCUCUGUCUCUCCUCUCUGCUAUGCAAGUCAGCCUCCCGUCGGGCCAAGCCGGGGCCGAUAUUUUCCAGGGAUACUCGAACAACCAGGCGAUCCUCAUCACUCCCGAUGGCCUUGUCUAUGUUGAGGUGCCCGUCUUUGCUGACGCGGAAGCCAUUCGGCGUAAUAAUGGAGGCAUUCCAGCUGACUGGUUGGACCAGUGCGCCGACGGCCGUUUUGGGCUCCUUCAUCGUGAAAGCAUCGUUCUGCCAGACCAGAUUCUUCUUCGUCCUCUGAACAGCAAGUCGGAGGGCGACCACCUCCAUCUGGUGCUGAUGUCGAUGGUCCUGUUUCCAGCCACACCCUGUGAGGAUCUCUCCUUUGUCCCUGAAGGGGGUGCUGGUACGAGCGCGAGUCGCACUUCAAUGAAGGCCUGCCUUUGGCGCUUUUACUGUUCGUCGCGUUCGGGCCCUCCACUGCUGUCCAAGUUCACAGCGCCCCUGGGUCUCCGCGCCAGGUCCUGCAAGGGGCGUCGCUUGCCUGUGACCGCGAUCUUGCUGCCCCCCCGUUGGCCCAUGUUGAUCUUCAAGGGACGUGGCAACGCACGGGUGAUUUUGGCGAUGCCUUGCUUUGGCCCAGCUUCGGUGAUUCAUCCCGUCCAUUUAGUGGCUGCAGCAUCGGGCCGUGAACACAUCACCGUUAUCGUUGAUGCGGGUGUUGAUCUUUGCUGUGUCGACUUGCCGACUGCCUACACUUCCCGGGAUGUAAUUGCUGCGGUCGCGCGGUUCCUCCAGCAUGAUGCCUUUCAGAUUCUUUGGGGGCGCGGCUUACGCUUACGGCAUGGAGAUGUCGUUACUGUGAAGUCCGCUCGGCCGACGCUGCACUUCGACAUCUCGUCUCUUUUGUUGCCACUUCCCAGGCGCUCCACGGCUGCCUGGCUGGAGCCGGUGCGCCACGUCUCUGUGGUUCAGGCCGCGGAAGGGGUGCACACUUUUAGUGUGCCAGCAAGCACCACAGUGACCGCCGAUGUCCUGCGUGUCCUUAUGUCCAAAACCUGCACCGGCAAAUUUUCGUUCUUUGAUCUGCCCUUUCCAGAUGUGCUGCCCGCAGGCCGCUUCGUGUCUUUUGACGAGUUUCUGUUGCAGCUCGUCUCUCGAACGGGUUACCCGACCCGCUGGCUGUGUGAGCUCGUUAGUGCUAUCAUUCAGGUUGUUCUAGGAGCCCUCCCGAUGAUUCCGGGUGAUAAUGUUUGGGAGCCUGACCCCUUCAUUGUCGAGGGGGAAGGUGUGGGGAUCGACCAUGCUGCUGUCCUUCGGGUCAACGACCUCGCUCGGGAUCUUGCUUACCAUGCUGCGCGUCUGUGGCAAGGAUUGGCUGAGCCAGACGCGGAACCAGUUGGCGACUCCGGACCAGUGCCCCAUGCCUCUGCCACCCCGGCUCGCCCGGUCGAUCUCCUCGACCUUGACCCUUCUCGAGGAGACAGAGCUACGCCCCCUGCCGCCGCUUGGAUGAUCCUGUGUCUCAGCCGUCAGGCGGGGGCUUUCCUGAGACAUCUUCACCUCGUUUGCUGCGUCCUUCUGUUCCCGGGGUGGGUAUCCGCGUCUUUUAUCUCACCUCCCGGCUCGAGCUCGGACGAGGAGGGCAGUUCUCCAGCCACGGUGACCACCUUCAAUGCGGCGACCCAUGGAGUCGGCCGAGCCCCUCAUGUGCGUCCUGCUGGACCUCCGCCGCCCACCCCGGCCAACGCGCCACCUGUCGCGUCCCGUGUUCUCUAUCUGCAGGCUACAACCCCUGUGGAAGAUUACUCUUUGGGUCAGUGGCCACCUGUCGGCCCCGCUCGGGCUACCGUUUCUGCUUCUGCCGUUACCACUGUGCAAGUCCAACUGUCACAGUUUCAACAUGGCGUUCGGGCGGUUGUUGAUGCCAUCCCUCCAGGUACGCCCAUUUGCAUACACAAUCCCUUCACUGCGCGGGCACAAUGCAGCUGGUUGGAAUAUCAUGCUGGGGUGGAGAUCUCGCCCUUUACUGUGUUUCAAGACCAUGCCAAUCACCGGGGGUGGAGAGGCCUAGCUCUCUUGCAUCCACAACCGGAUGCCUUGGCUGUUCACCUCAUUGGCCAGCCGCUUCAUCCUGACAAUGCUGCGGACAGAUCCUCGUCCUUGCUCGGCGCCCUCGGUUGGGCCGCUUCACCCAUGCGGUACCUUGGUGCUUACCCUGCAUAUACCGCGUCGAGAGAUACGCGCCACCAUGUCAUUUGGGCACAGUUCCUGAAUGAUGAGCCAGCUUGGCCGACAGACUUCUUCCCGGUGUGGCCAGGCCCGGCAUUUAACGAACUGUCGAUUGUCCCUAUCGGCGCCGACCCUGCCGUUGUCACUUUGAUGCUGCAGUGGCGAGGCAUCCCUCGUGCGAUCGUCACACCGAGGGUCAUGACAGUUGAAUGGCUCACAGCCUUGGUCGCCCGUCAUGUCGGGCGAGCUGUGGGGGACAUUGCCGUCCCACAUGGUCUGGCGGUCUCAGAGUUCUUCGAUGUGCCACCAGCCGCACUCAAGUUUAGAAACGGUGAUGUCGUGUACGCACAGGAAGCCCAGGAUGCCACUGACGAGGCACUGCAGGCGGUCGAACCGUGGCAUUUACAGGAUGGACUUGCAGCCCAGCACGCUCCAUGGGCCUUGGGGUUCCGCCUUAUGUUUGAUGUUCAGGUCCAGUUACUUAGACCGGAUCGGCCGCCGGUCCUAGCGCGGGUGGCUGCUGAAGAAGCUUGGUGCCCAGAAUCCCACUGCUUUUCCGGUGACUUCCACCAGCGCUUCCCGGGCAUGUGGACUCCUGUCCAGUGGACUUCUGCACGCCAGGUCCAGUUGGUACAGGUUUGCAAUGUGGCGGCCCAGGUACACGUCAUUGUGGCCACACCUGGCGAGCGUCUUUGCCUUUUGUGGGCUGCCCUCACCCAACGGCCAGACCGGGUCGGCUGGAGCCUCUUGGCCAUGCUUGUGCUUGGCCAGUGUGCGAGCCGUGGUGGCAUUCUUUUGGGAUGUACUGCUAUGCAACUUCAGGCCUCCCCGGUCGCCUCAUGCCCUGAGCUGGCUGGGCCAGGAGUCCCUCUAGCAUCUGCUUCGCCCCGACUCAUGCAGGUCCAAGUUGCCGACCCCUUUGCGGCCUGGACGGUUGUCCGUGUCGAGGAGUCCGAUUUCUUUCCCAGCCUCCUGGAGGUUUGUCCGGGCUCCCUAGCCUCAUGGCACCGGGGAUUUGCCAUCGCGGACUCUACCUCAGCUGGACUGCAUAUUGCCGUACCGCAUCCUGGCCUAGCUGCCGAGUCGAGACAGCUGGGAUCUUUCCUUGCCCUUCGUACCGGGGUCCGCCCGCCUACAGCUCGACCGGAAAAGAUCACUCGAGUCCGGGAAGGAGACUGGUGGAUUAAGACUGUUGUUAGCGGGGGUGGUCUGGUCUCCGGUCCCGAGGGCGGUGGGACGCGCGCAGCCGGAGUCGAUCACCACCUUCGAUUGUUCACUUUCCCCCACGAAUUGAUUGGACCGAUGGCGCCACAGUCCGAACAUUAUGUCCGAUCCUUGGAUGGAGCGCGGCUGAGGCUGCCGAUCUCGGGCGAUCCUGGGGUCCGGCCACUCACGGAAGUCGCCCUGGCCCCGGUCGCCCCCUUCGGUUUGGCCACUGUAAUCAUUCACACUUUGGACGGGACGAGUGCCUUUCUCUUACCGGUCGACACUACGCCGGCCGCCAUUCAGGCGGCUGCUGCAGUGCGCUCACCUCAGGUCAGGUCCUUGCAUCUCAUUCUUCCACCGGCGCUCCGUGCUGUGCAUGAGCAUCAGGUCAUUAGGCUGCGCAACGGGGACCUCUUUGGGUUGCAGCCUUGCCCUGGUCAGCCGGGCUACGCCCAGCGUCCUACUUUGACUUUUCCGUCCCUUGAGCUUGCCCGUCAGGUCGCCAGUUGGUCCCUUCCCUUCCGUUUUGAUUGUGGUGACACGGCGACGUUCUGGUCUACCUCUAGCCGUGUUGGACGCUCCGUCACUAUACGCGGAGGUGGGAUUUGGGACCCGCGCGGACCCACGUUUCGAAGUCCGAAUGGUCAUCAAAUGUUGGGUUCGUGGGUCCCUGUGCUGCAAGGGGGUCUCACGCGUCUGCAUUUUGUCAGCCGGACCCUUCCUGUUGAAGCCCUUGUCCUGUGUUUGAUCCCGCCCACUGAUGAACCGAUCGGGGUUUUCCUGGCUGGCAUUUGUGCAUGCCGCCCCCCUUUUGGUUGGAGACUUGUCCCUUCCAUUCGACGCAGCCGCGCCGGAGGGUCUCUUCGAGACGCCGAUGUCCUGGAAGUCGACCCUGAUGCGACUUUCACCUGGGAUCCCUUUGAUGGUCGCCCCCCGCUUCUUGCGGAUGACACACCUGGUCAGGAUGACCGUCCUGUCGAACAGGACUCUUCUUGGGACCUUGACUUUCCGGCCGCCAUCUCCGCUGCGUUUUGUGUUCUCUCCAAACGAAGCCUCAGUUGGGCCCUUCUCCUAUUUGGUUGGCUCUCAUCGUCUGGUGCCUGGGGCAUGUACCAGCCAGUCGACACCGCGUCUGACCCGAUUCGUGCUGGCUUUUUCCCUUGGCGAGCCCCCCCUGGACAUGAGAACAUGCAGGAUCUCACUGAGCGAGCCGCCUUGGAGGUUGUCUAUGUCAGCCCAUUCACCGGGCCGCAAGUCCUCGGACAGGACCAUUUCGCUCUUUGCAUCCCUCGGGUUGCGCCACUAGAAUGGAUUGCACAGGCCUUGCGUUACGGCCACUCCUUGCACGCCCUGUCCCUCCGUGCACCGGCCACUGUUCGGGACCCGGCUUCAGACAUCUAUUGGCGUUCGGGGGAUUUGCUUGUGGCCCUCCCGCCGUACUCUCCGCCUUGCUUUGCCACUGCGACCCAGCUUCGGCACUGUGCAAUUUGGUCCGUCGAUUUCUCUGUUUCUUCUACGAUUGAGGUGGUCUUGUGGCGCCCCUCGGUGAGGCCACUCCGCUCCCGUAUUCCGGCCAUGGCUCGAUGGAAUGCCCUGGACCUCACUUUUGAGGGUGUGUUUGCCCAGCGGUUCCCGGGUCGCUGGGCGCCCGUCCCGUGGGCCGCCGACGACCUGCCCCACCUUGUCCAAUGCUCCCAAUCGGCAGAUGAUGUCAGUGUCGUAGUUGAAUCCUCUCUUGGGUGCUUCUGCAGUGAGAUUCCCGCCUGUGUUGACGCGUGGCAGCUUUGGACUGCGCUGCCUACUUUGCCCUCACAACCGCAAGUCCUUGGGGUUCCAAAGGCCGAGCUUCGCCAUGGCACCCUUCUGCGCAACGGGGAUGUUGUUUCAGGGACUUCCCCUCGGGAACAAUUCCCCGUCGGGGUCGCUCUUCUGCUGUCACUGCUCUGGCGAUGGCCGUGCUUGGGGGGCGCCAGUCUCCUUUUUAUGCUCACCCCAGAGGCUCUGGCAGUCCGCUUUCCGCAACCCUGA